AUGGCGCAAAGAACACGGAAAGAACACUGCAUACAGCAUGACAUCAGCUUUUCUGAUCUCUCACCAGAAACGAAUACUUGCCUAGAAAAAGAGGUGAGAACAGCUGUGUAUCCGAGUAAGCGGCGUGAUAAAUACUUCUACACAGCUCACCCCCGGGGUUUUUCCUACUUGGUGAGCAUCAAGGCCCUCGGGGAACGCCUUGUUCCAUUGAGUCUUGUGCGAACACUUCACGUCGUCUGCAUCCGGAAAACCCAGGAUGACGUUGUUGAGCAGUGCAGAAAGAGGAAAAGGUUGGAAGAAGUACCUAACAAGGAACAGCUGCAACACUCAUCAAAACACAAGACCUGCUAUGCUAUCUCAUGGGAAACAGGUAGACCGUGGCUGUCAUGUAAAACUGAUGUUGAUGAAGACGGAACGACUCAUGAAAGUAUGUAUUGUGGUUUAUGUACUAAAUGGAAUUCAGUUGGUGCAAAUGGUAAUCAAACAUGGAUAGACAGUGGAUGUAAAACAUGUAGACUGGAUAAAGUGAAAGAACACGAACAUUCUCCCAGACAUCUGGAGGCUCUGAAGCAAAGUUUUGAACAACUGGACAUGGAAGACGGCACUAAAAAGAUGGAUUCCAAACUGCAUGCAUCAAUAAAGUCUGGACUCACUAUCUUACUUUUCAUUAUUCACCACAAUUUAUCUUUGAACUUGUUUGGUGAAUUAAUUGAAUUGUGUAAGAAGACUGAUGGGGAAACUUUGUACAUUUUUAAUGCCACUGGUAAUGCCAAGUACACUAGUGCUGAUAGUGAUUCGGAAUUUCUUACAAUCAUGAGUGAAUCUGUAGAAAAUGUUGUCACUGAAAAGAUAAAAAAGAGUCCUACAUUUGGUUUAAUGUGUGAUGAAGCAUGUGAUGUGUCAGUUUCAAAACACUUGGGUAUGUGUGUCCAGAUUGUGGAUGAAGGACAAGCAAAAGUUGCAUUUUUAAAUGACUUAAAGAUCCCAAAUGGAACAGCAGAAACUAUAACAUCUUCGAUUGAAUCUGAACUGAAAACGAAAGGAAUUUCAGUGAAACAGAUGUCCGCACUGACAUCAGAUGGUGCAUCAGUUUUCAAAGGGGCAAAACUGGGAGUAGGAGCCCGCCUCAGGUUACUGAACUCUGAAUUGAUAGCUAAUCACUGCAAAGAUCACAGAUUGGCUCUUGCGGUUCGUGACAGCUUCAAAUCUCUUAAAGCCAUCCACAAAGUGGAUGAAUGUUUGGAAGCAGUUCACAAGUACUACAAGUAUAGUUGUAUACACACUGAAUCACUAAGAGUUGUUCAGGAAGGCUUCAAGGAUCCACCUUUGAAAAUCAAGCAGGCAAAACAUCACCGUUGGCUUUCACAUGACCAAGCUGUUGCUUCCAUUGUCAGAUGUUAUAGAUCCAUUGUAGCAGACCUGGAGAAUCAUGCUGCGACAAAGAAAGAUGUCCCUGCUACUGCUUUGCUAAAGAACUUCUCGAGCACCUUGGUUAUUAGAACACUACUCAUGUUGGCUGAUGUCAUGCCUCAUUUGUCUUCACUGUCUCUGCUGUUCCAGAAACAAGUUGUCAAUUUAGGUAAUUUAUAA